UAAACAUUAACAAAAAUAUUAACUUCUAGUUCACUCGCUUAUCAUCCCAAUGUCCAGUACCAGCAUUUUGUUUGGCCACUGAACAGACAUGGAGAAGAAGCCUGUAAACGAGAAUAACAUACUGCACCAACUCAAAAAUGGAACCGCACAAUUUGAGGUCAUCUCUUCUCCAGUUCCUUCCAUCUCUACUUCGAAUUCCUUCGCAUUUCCAUCGCCCUUCUUCGGAGACCAGAGCCAUCGGUUUUUCGCUAGAAUCGGAGCUUCAUUAGGAACUGGAUCGCCGGCUAUGAAAAAAGUUGAGAAGCAUUCUGUUCACAAAGUUACCGGAGACGGCCGCUGUCUAUUUCGUGCUCUGGUUAAAGGAAUGGCUUUGAAUAAAGGUCUUCUGCUUAAUUCACGCCAAGAAAGAGAUGACGCAGAUGAUCUUCGGAUGGCUGUGAAAGAGGUUUUGUGUAACAGUGGGAAAGAAAGCCGGCAGUAUGAAGACGCAUUGAUUGCUAUCACUGUUGAUGAGUCUCUAAAACGUUACUGCCAACGCAUUGGCCGUCCUGAUUUUUGGGGAGGAGAGUCGGAGUUAUUGGUGCUCUCAAAGUUGUGCAGUCAGCCAAUCAUUGUCUACAUUCCGGAGCAUGAGCAUACAAGAGGCGGAUGGGGCUCCGGCUUUAUUCCGAUAGCCGAAUAUGGAACAGAGUUUCGCAAGGGCGUGAAGAAGGGAAAACCAAGAAAAGCUGUGAAACUAUUGUACAGUGGUAAGAACCAUUAUGAUUUGCUUGUGUAAAACUUAGAUGGAUUGGAGAUUGAUGCUUCCGUAGGACAUGGCAGUUCUAGUUUGUACUCGGACCAAACAUGGUUGGAGUUUUACUAUACAAAUGAAAUUUUGAUGCAA